ACUCCAAUUGUCACUGCCCACACGCGGGCCGAGUGAGCGCAGGGCCACAGUUUUCAGAGCUCCCCUGCAUAUUCGCAGCACUUCUGCGAGUUUCUGGCGACCAAAAGCGCCUAGAGCGCUAAGCUCAAUAAGAAUGCAAGCCCUUUCGCCUAGCCCUUGCGUCUCAAUUGCGUCACGUCAAUUCGGUUGCAGCUAACUCCAGCUCUUCAACAAGGACAAGCCCCAGGCUUUGACCGGGAGUGAUAAGGCGACAUGGCUCAUCCAUUUGGGGGCCGCAAGCUCCUGGUCACGGUGUGCAAGGCCGAGGUGGGAUGGGACCAGCCGGACUCGAACACGCUGGAGAGCGCGUCGGUUCGCCUGGUGGCGGGCCCUUUCAAGUCCUCCACGCGCUCCGUGCCUGUGGCCCGCGGCUCCCGCGGCGCCUGCGGCCUGCUGAGCUGGGCUCCGGGUCUGGGCGCGGAGCUGUUCGUACUGACGGAGGACUGCGUGCUGCUGGCGGACAUGACCAUCGGAGCGGAGCUGUGGGGGCGGCGCGGCGGCGGGCGCUGGAACUCCGAGUCCCUGUAUGCCCAGGCUGACAUAGUCCUGGACGCGGCGGGUCAGGCGCUACUGCUGUCCGGCCGCUGCCUGGACGUGCGCCUGCCGCUGCUGCCGCCCUCGGCAGCGGGCGGAGGCGGAGGAGGCGGCGGAGGAGGCGGAGGGGACAAGGGCGGCGGGGACAAGGCGGGAGGCGGCGGAGGCGGGCAGCAGUCGGGUCCGGUGCUGGGCAUGCUGGCUCUGAGCAUGAUCCUGCAGCCCGCAGAUGCGGAGGCGGAGUUGGUGCGGCAGCUGCCAGUGGAGGCUGCGCCGCGGCUGCUGCUGGACACGUGCCGCCUGCUGCCGGGCGCGGUGGUGCGCGGGGCGGCGGGGGCGGCGUACGUGGACCCGGCGGUGGUGUUCAUCCGGAUCCGGCUGGCCUCCGCGACGGGGUUGGGCCGCCCGCACGCGCCCGGCCACCACCAGCAUCACACCUCCUCCCACCACACCUCCCACCAAGGCCACGGCCACCGGGCGGCGGGCGCGGGCGGCGACCUGGGCGCCCCCUCCCGCGGCUCCGGGCCCUGGCCGCACGGCGCGGCAACAUCCGGCGGCAGGAGCCGUGGUGGUCACGGCGGCGGCGGCGGCCAUGGCGGCGGCGGCGGCGGCAACCCGCUUCAGGACCUGGGCUCCAAACUUCAGGCCGCGGCGGACAAGACGUUCGGCCACGUGGGCGCCUUCAUCGCCAAGCUGAAGGACCAGCACCGCGGCAGCGGCGGCGGGGGCGCAGGAGCGGGUGCGGGAGGAGCAGCAGGAGGAGGCGACGGCAGGGCUAGCCAGUCCGUGGAGUCGUCAACACACAAGGGGCGGGCGGGGCCGGAGGGCGCCGGCGGCUCGGCGGCGGGCGUCGCGCUCCAGGACUUCACGUCAGUCGUGGCGGCGGCGGUUAACGCCGAGGCUGCCGGCGGCGGCGGCGGCGCCGCCACCGCCGGAGGCAUGCAGCGGCAGGGCAGCGGCGGCGACAGCCGUCUGCCGCCGCCGCCGCUGAUUCAGGCGGCGCCGCCGCCGCCUCAGUCGCUGGACGUGAUGGCGGCGGAGGCGGCUCUGGCGUUGAUGGAGGCCAACGGCUUUUCGGUUGUGGACAGCCGCCGCCUGUCCAACUACUUCUGGUGCAAGGUGACGUACGAGAGCCAGGAGCACGUGAGCCGCCUGGUGCCUGUCAUGUCGGGCGGCACGGUGCGCUGGGACGAGAGCUUCGUGGUGGCGGCGCUGCGGCCGGUGCGGCCCGCGCCCCUGGAGAUAGAGCUGUACGGCAGCAACGACGCACGCUCCCGCGGCCGCAUGGUGUGCCAGCUGUCCGUGCCGCUGUGUGACGUGAUGGAGCAGGUGGAGGCGCAGCACGCGGCGGCGGCGAGGCAGCGCGAGGCGGAGGCGGAGCGGGCGGCGGAGGCGGAGCGGCUGAGGAGAGACAUGGAGGCGGCGAUGGGGGCGGCGGCGCGGGAGGCGGCGCGGGAGGCGCAGCAGGCGGCGGGGGGCGGAGGGGCGGGAGCGGAUGGGGCGGAGGGGGCGGAGGCGGAGGCGUUUGCAGCGCGGCGGGCGUCGCACUCGAGCGCAGGCCCCCGCCGCUCGCUCUGGUCAUCCUUCACAACGACCGGCAGCGCCGCAGCCGCCACUGUGGCCUCUCGCUUCACCUCCCACCCGCUCUCCUUCUCCCAGUCCCGGCAUCCCCACCUCCACAACCACAACCACCCGCCACCGCCGCACAACCACCAACCACAACCAGCCGCCCAGAAACUACCCAACUACCAUCCCGACACGUGGCCGCGGGGGCGGUUGCGGCUGGCGGCGCGGCUGGGCGGUCAGCAGCAGGGCGGCGCCGCCGCCGCCAUCCACGGCUCCCCGGGCGGCGCCGCGGGCACCGGUGUCCGAGAGUGCGUGUUCCACAUGGACUUCGAGGUCAUCGACGCCGACCCGCGCGCCGCCGCCAACAGCACCCAGCUCCUGCCAUGGGCGCCGCACCAAUACCACGUCCACACCCACCACCGGGCAGUCACAGCCGGAGCUGCCUCCGCCGCCGCAGAGGCGGCACGCGCCGCCGCCGCAGCCACAGCCGCCGCAGCGGCCGCCGCCGCAGGCGGCGGCGGCGGAUCCGCCACUGCCAGCCACAUGCCUGGAGCACACGCGCGGCACGGCUCGAACUCAGGCGCGGCGCCGGGCGGCGACUCCGGCGGUACCGUCACGCCUGAGGGCACGGUUGGCGGGGGCAGCGGCUUCACCGCGACACGGCAGGGGUCGGCGGGGAGUGUGAGCACGGUGUUCGUACCGGGUUUGGAUUCCGUUUUUUCGGGCGGCACGGAUGCUGCCAACAGCCGCCCGCUGAGUCCCCCCUGGAGCCCGCCCGCCGGGCCGCAGCUGGCGGCGGCUACGGAGAUGGUGGUGUUGGGCGGCGGCGGCGGCGGCGGCGGCGGGGGCGGCGGCGGCGGUGGAGGUGGAGGGGGCGGGCGGCGGGAGGCGAUGCCGCUGCUCAGCCGCUCGGCAUCGGGCAUGGCGCUUGGGCACCUGCCCUCCAUCGCCUGCACCACCUGCGCCACGCCCGGCGGCGGCGCCACGCCGCGCCACGCGCCGCCGCCCUCCACCACCUUCCUCACACCCGAGGAAGAGCUCUGGAUGCCUGGCGGCGGCGGCGGUGGCGCUGGCUACGCAGCCGCCACCACCAGCAGCACCACUGCGGGACCGCUGCCGGUGACGCCCAAGCGCGCCUCCGCCACGGGCGGCGUGCCGGGUGGGCUGCGACCCAUCCACACACAACCCACGCACGGAGCCGUGGCGGCGCUAGGACUGGACAUGGGCCCCUCCAGCGCCGCGCAGCCAGGCACGCCCAUCAACCUGGCACAUCGCAGCGUGGGCACGGCGGCGGCAGAGGGUGGCGGCGCCAGGGGCGCCGGCGCUGAUGGGGGCGGCGGCGGCGGUGGUGGAAAGAGGGGUGGUGGCGGAGCGGCCGCCGCCGCCGCGAUCCUGGCGGCGGCUGUGCACAGUGGCUCCACCGCAGCUCUGUCCACGUCAUCAACACUGCCGGGCGGCAGCGGCGCCGCCGUCGCCACCGGCGGCGCCGGAGGCGGCGCCGGAGGCGGUGCUGGCGGCGGCGUUGCCGGCGCCCGUGGCGGCGGCGGCGCAGACGCGGCGCUCGCGCCCGGCAUGUGCUCUCACGCGGCGUUUGCGGAGACGGCGGCGGCGACGUUCUCACUGGUCAUUCAUGAUGUGGAGCUGGAGCUGCCGCCCGCGCCCGACGGCGGCUGGGGCGGCGUGGGCGGCGGCAUGACGGUGGGCGGGCUGAGCGGCCAGCAGGCGGCGCAGCAGGCGGCGCUGGCGAACCUGCUGCAGGGUGACUACUUCCUGGUCCUGCGCUGCGGCUACGUGUGGGCCACCACCGCCAGCCUGCGCGCCACCGCCGCAGCAGCCGGCAGUAGCACCGCAGCAGCCGCGGCCGCAGCCGCAGUCGCAGCCGCGGGCGGCAGUAGCGGCGGCGGCGGCAGUAGCUACGGCGCCGGUCCGCGCCUGGCCCCGCAGAUGGGUGUGGUGCUGCCACUCACCAAGCCUAGCUCCAUGCUCAGUCUGGCAUUGUACCGGCGGAAUGACACGGUAGCGGGGAAGAAGGUUCUCAACGUGCGCGCCAUGAUCGGCAUGGUGGCGGCGGAGGGGCUGGUGGGCAAGCUGCGGCUGCGGCCGUCCUCGUUGGCUCCCGGCCGCGCCGUGGACGUGUGCCUGCCUCUCAAAGCUGAGCGCUCCGGCUCGCGCCCCUGCGCCACCGUGGCGUGGGUGCGGCUGAGUCUGCUGCUGGCGCCGGGGCCGCGCGGCCUGCCGGGGCUGCUGAUGGCGUAUGCCGACCCGCCCGUGUUCCCACCCCUGGCCAUGCUCAUGGAGGGUGCGGUGUCGGGCGCGGGCCUCAGCGCCACCCUGCCGCUCACCGACCCGGCCAAGAAGGUGGACUCGGACGCACUCAGGCGGAGGGAGCGGCGCCUGCUCAUCAAGUGGCUGUCGGAGUGCAGUCCAGGCGUGUCCGCCGCCGCGGCUCGCAAGCUGGUGGAGGACGGCCGCACCGAGUUCAACGCCGGCCGCACGGGGCAGAACUGGAAGCGCAUCGGCCGCGCCUUCGCUGCAACCGAGCCGAUGCAGCGCUUCUGGUCGCACGUGCAGAGCUGGCGGCAGCCAGGACUCACGCUGGCAGUGGCGGCGGCCGAGGUCGCGUUCCUGAUCUGGCCCUCCCGCGUGCUGGCGGCGCUACUGCUGUGGGCCGUGGUGGCGCUACUGCAGGGCCGGGCCAGGCUACUGCCGCCGCAGUUGACUGCGUCCGACAGCAGCAGCGGAGGCGGCAGUAGCUACGGCGUGGACGGCACCGCCGGUGGCGUUCGUGGUGGAGGGGGCGGCAGUAGCACCGGGCACGGCGGACCUGGCGUGGGCGGUGCGGAUGGCGCUGGCGCUGCGAGCGCGGAAGAGCCGGCGGCAGUGCCUGUGGUGGCGGCGGUGGCGGCGCCGCCGCCCCAGAGCGCGACCGCGGCGGCGGUGGCGGCGGUGGAGCAGGCGCACCAGAAGCUGCUGGCGUCUUUCUCGUCGUGGUUCGGCGACACAGCAACAGCCGCGCCCGCGCCGCCGCCGCCGCCAGCAGCAGCAGCAGCAGCAGCAGCAGCGGUUGCCGGCCGCAGCGCCAGCGGCGGCAGCAACAGCGGCGCCGCCGUGGGGGCUAGCGUGUCACAGCCCCUGCCGGCAAUGGUGGCGGCACCGGCGGUCGUGGGCGCUGCGGCGGCGGGGGCAGCGGAGGUGGAGCGGUCCCGGGCAACGCCGUACUUCGGCGAGCCGGGUGCGAUGGUGGAAGACAUCGUGAACGACCCCGAUCCGGCCACCGCACGUGCCGUCGACACCGAGUCAGCAGCCGCCGGCGACGGCGGUGCUGCAGCUGGUGCCGGCGCUGGUGGUGGUGGCGGCGUGCUGUCGCCCUCCGCCUCCAUCACAGACGCCCGACAACUCGCGGCGGCCGCAUCCGUCACCACCGCCACACCCACUCAGCCGCAGCCGGUGCCUGCCACGCCCACCGCCGCCUCCGCCGCGGCAGCGGCCGCCUCCGCUGCCGCCGGCUGGAUAUUCGGCUCCUCGCCGCCGCCAGCCGCCGCCGCUAGCGACUGGGCCGCACACCAGCAGCAGCUGCUCAGCCGCGGCGGCGGCGCAGCCGCCGCUGCCCCCGCCCCCGCCGCCGCCUCUUCGACCGCCCUUGCCCCCGCCGGAACGGCCGUGCCGGGUGGCGGCGGCGGCGGCGGUGUGAUCGAGCGGUUGGCGGCGAUGGCGGGCGCGGAGGUGCCGAAGGACCCGCUGGCGGCGCUGCGUCAGCAGUACGACCAGCUGGUGUACUUUGGGCUGCGGGUGCAGAACGUGCUGGACGACAUAGCGGGGGCCAUGGAGCGCGUGCAGGCGCUGCUGUCUUGGCGGGACCCUGUGGCCACGGGCAGCUUCGUGCUGUGCCUGCUGUGCCUGGCGGUCUCCCUGUGGUUCCUGGGCCUGCGUGCUGUGCUGGGUGCGCUGCUGCUGUACGACCUGCGGCCGCCGCGCUGGCGCGACCCCUGGCUGCCGCCGCCCGCCAACGCAUUCGCGCACCUGCCCACACGGGCUGACCUCAUGAUGUGAUUGUGGGGUGCUGAGGUGCUGGGGUGCUGAGGCGGUGAGGGUGUGUGAGGAAGGGAGGUUCAACAGAGGCUUGGGAGGGCGGAAUGAACGACGGUGCGGGUUUGGCAGCAGCUGUGUACGGAACGCAGAUGCGGGAGUUGAUGUACAUAUAGUGUCUUGGAUUGGCUGUGCAUCGUUCAGGCCGCAGCUUGGAUAUGGGAUUCUGGAUUCUAAAACUUGAAUCCUGCAUCCGGGAGUAAUGUUGCCGCUGGACGGAGUGAGGGGUUGGUGGGGAAGCCACCAUGCGGGUGGUUGAGAGGAGGCGGGCGGAUCAUAAGUGACAGGCCGCCUAGCACAAGACUAUUGCACUUUCGUUGGCCACGGUUGCUGGUACGGGACUAUUGGGGCGUUGUGAGAUGUUGCUGUACGGGAUUUCGAUGGUGCCUGGAUGAAGAUGCUGAGACUAGAAACAACGCUUGUUGAUCGCUGUGGCAGUGGCAUGAUGUACGCAGGGAGCAAGGCCGGACGAGAGGAGGUAUGCAUAGCCGUGCGUGUGACUACCGUACUGCCUGAAUGCUGAAGACUGUGGCUGAGGGUCUGAAUCGAAGUACACUGGCACAACGGCCAACAUCGUUCACUGCUGACUCGCCUCCACCUCACCACGCGCCCGAGCGGGGGAGGGCAGUCCACGGCACACGUCCAGUGACUGCCCUUGUCACGAACAGCCCUGAACGGCCCCCCUGCCGGCAAACUCCUCAACGCCGGGGCCUCGAUUUGGCUCCGGACCCCAAUGCAAAUGCA